CGAAGGUUAGCUUUUAAACGCUCUUUGCUUUUAGGCUCUUUGGUCGGCUGAACAACAUGGCGACCAUGUAAACGUGAACUGUUUGUGGUCAGUGGCGACAACAUGAGGGUGCCCCGCUGCUGCAGCUGCUUUGGGGUCCGGCGGACCUAUUUGUUUCUGCCCAUCCUGCUCAUCCUCCUGGUUGGUGCAGCCCUGACGUCUCUGCUGCCACCUGCUGAGGACCACAGAGGCGUUGAUGUCCUGGGAGUGCUACGCAGGGGACAAAAGCAGACUCUCGCACAGGGCCACGAUGCUGACAGCCCACAGGAGGAGAAGUUCAGCAUCGUCAUCCAGACUUACAACCGCACAGAUGUUUUGCUCAAACUCUUGAACCAUUACCAGGCGGUGCCUCAUCUCCAGCGGAUUAUCAUAGUCUGGAACAACAUCGGGGAGCAGACACCCAUGAAGCUGUGGAACUCCUUGGGGCCUCAUCCAGUCCAGGUGGUCUUCAAGGAGCAGACCAGCAAUCGAAUGCGUAACAGACUACAGUUGUUCCCUGACAUUGAUACUGAAGCCGUGCUGAUGCUGGAUGACGACACCCUCGUCAGUGUUCCUGACAUCAGUUUCGCUUUCUCUGUCUGGAAGCAAUUUACAGACCAGAUUGUUGGGUUUGUCCCACGGAAACACGUUUCAACACCAGGGGGAGUUUACAGUUAUGGCAGCUUUGAGUUGCAGGAUCCAGAAGCAGGUGGCGGUGACAAAUACUCCAUGGUGUUAAUUGGUGCGGCCUUCUUCCACCGACGCUACCUACAGCUCUUCCAGGACCAACCUCCAGCAGUGCAUGCCUUAGUGGACGAAACACAGAAUUGUGAUGAUAUUGCCAUGAACUUCGCUGUGGCGCUCUAUUUAAGAAAACAUUCUAGCGUGGGUAGAGUCAACAGACCAUCUGGGGUCUUUGUUAAACCCGUGGACCUCCGUAACCUGGAAAAAGAUGCCAGCAGUGGAUACCAGGGUAUGUGGCAUCGGCCUGAACACCUUCUCCAGAGGUCCUACUGUCUGAACAGGCUGACACAGAUCUAUGGCUUCAUGCCACUAUGCUUCUCCAACCUCAUGGUUUCCCAGUUUGGCUUCCCCAGCUACGCCAACCACAAGAGUAGGGGCUGAGGGUGUUACCGACUGUUAUGGAGUGUAAGCGGAUGGGCUCAACUAGCAGUCUGGUAAGUCAGUGUUGGGUUAAUAACACAUCACAUGUCUGUGCUAAGGAGUGGGUUGAAUUAGCUGAUACUUUUAUACUUGUGUGAUACAUAGAUGGUACCCAGUCAGUAUCUACUGCAUGUCUUUAGGAAACAAAACGCUUGUUAUAUUGUGUUUAAUAAUUCUUGGUUUCAUAUUGACAUUUGCAGGACAGUGAUGGAUUUUUCUCAACUGGAACACAUCAAGGCUUGUAAAAGAAUUGUAUGUUCAUGGCCCAGUCUGAUGAAAAUGGCCGUAUUUGAUAAGGUAAUUUGUAUUAUUGCCAAACUUUGCCUUUCCUUAAAUAUUUACUGCUCUGUGGACUGGUGGUGUUGAAAUUUAGAAGCCACCAGAUGUUAGACCUGCCUUGAUUUUGUGUAAUGUUUGGCCAAAGUGUGGACCUGUAAAUACAGCCAAAUUACUUAAAGUAUUAUAUAUUUAAAAACACAUUUUAAGUCCACUUCUACCCAUGCAUAGACAAUCGAUUCUUAAACGUAUGCCUGUAUCAUGUAACUCAAUUAAAUAAAGAUUUAUUUAAAUGAA